AUGCACACACACACACACACCCCAUUUGUCUCACCGUUGCCUCCUGUCCCAACAGGUCAGGCAGGCUUUUGUGGGAAACCUUCCAGACCUGUUGGACCAGGCCAGAGGGGAAAGUACGGCGAGACUUUUAGCUCCGCACCGGGGCAACCGCUUCAGACGAAGCUGAAACAUCACUUUUUGCAAGAUUUUGGGUCUGGGGAGAGCUUCACCGCGGGCCAAAGACUUCAGCCGCCUCUGUGUGUCUCUAGCAUGCUGUUGUGGAGUGUGUUUGAAAUGGAUUUAAUACACUUUCUAAUGAAUAAAAGCAAAAACAAAGAACCUGCCCUCAAAUAUACAUUCUAUUUUAGAAUAUAUCGGGUCUUUUAUUUCUGUGCCAGCUCCUGGCAGAUCAGAUGUCUAGGAAUACUGUGGUUUUAA